AUGCCCCUUAAGACUGCAGCCCUCCUGCCCUUCCAGGGCAGCUGUGUCCAGCGACUGCUCGCAGUGUGUCUAGCUCCCACGGCCCUGCUGCCUCCGGCACCACCCUUUCCCGGGGCCCUGUUGUGCAACCGUGCUGGACUGCAGGGCUCCAGCGUCCAGAUGGCCAUAACCCUGUGCAACCUGGCACGGGAUGGGACACAUGACAGCAACUUCCUGGACAAUGGGCAAAAUGCAUCCCCCGGCAGGGCUGGGGAGCAAGGGACAGUCUGGUGUGGGAGUAAGGGCGGGGAGGGGUCCAUGAAGACCAAAUGUUCAGACUCGGACCGCAGCUUCCCGGACCCCCUCCCGGGCCCCGCAGUCCAGGGCGCCCAGACUACACCGACAGCCGCACACCGCCUCCCCGAGGGCCGGGCUCCACGGCGGCGGACAGGGCGUCGCCUGUACGGCCCCGGCUGCGCCACCGACCCGGAAUGUUCCUGCGCGGCGAGGCCCCCUCCCCGGCGCCCCCGGGCUAGCGCGGGACGUCGCCACCCUAGCGCCAGGCCGGAGCUAGCAGCCGCGGAGCCGCGGAGAGCGGAGGGGACGGCCGGGCCGGGCGCGGCGGGUCCCCUCGCCGCCCACUGCGCGCCCGAACCCAGGGCCCCGCGAGCGGCGGGCGGCACCCGCUGUAAUGCGGAGAAUGUGAGAGGCAGCGCAGGGCGGUGGGGAGGAGGGGGCGCGGGAGAGGGCGGCGGCGAGACAGACGGAGAGCAGCGGGGAGACCGAGGACCGGGCUGGGCAGGUGGGAGAAGGCAGGGAGGCGCCGGAGAGGUCGGGCUCGAAGGGGGAAGAAGGGCGGCAGCGCAGAGGAAGGGGCCCGCGCUUCGGGCGGGAGUACUGGAAGCCCGAGUCGGCACCAGGGUCGGGGUUCGGGCUGGGAGCGGCGCCGCCCGCGGGGUCCCCACGGAGAGCAGCGGGACACCUAAGGGCGGCGGGUCGAAGAGGAGUGCAGGGCCGCGUUCCGAGGGCUCAGGCCGGCCCGGCAGGGGGGCCUUUGUGAGCGCCCCAGGAGGGCUAGCCGGGAGUGCGGAGCCGGUGUGCGGCGGCCGGGGUGUGCGCGCCCGGUUGUGCGCGUGUGUGUGCGAGUGUGAGCGCGGGGCGGUGUGGCGGUGGGGCGCGCGGUAGGGAUUCUGCCGGCAUCGCGGCGUGGCUAACAGAAGGCAGGAGCGGGGCGCGCGGGGGAGCCGGGACCGUCCCGCGCACAUGCACACGCACAGGCCGCGCGCCCUCGCGCACACACACGCCCUCCCUGCCGCGCUCGCCGCCGCGGCCACCAUCGCGGAGCCGAGCCCUGCAGAGCGGGAACCGGAGCCGGAGCGGGGAC